CAAUGGCCAUCGCCUGGUCCGACUAGGGGCUAGCCCAAAGCGGUUAGAACAGCCCCUGACCCUCAGGCACAAGCGCAGGCCACCAGGCAGCCACAUCCAUCGCUCCUCCUUUUCAUUUUUCCGGAUCCACGCCUGCCCGUGCCCAUCGCAAUGAGGGUCCGUUUUAUUCCAGUCGCCCUAGUGGCUGUCGGCAUAGUGAUUUUGAGCUGGGCCGCGCUAUCUAAAGCCUGGACAGGCUCCGGUGAAAAUGUGGCAUUCUGUGCGGAUUGCUUAGGCUACGUUAGAGAUGUCGAUACGAUGUUCCAGAAGAAUGCUGGAGCUUGGGCCAACUCGCAGUUUCUCCGAUAUGCGCUCGAUAAAUCCUGUCGAGGUCGGGUGCUGAUCAACGGUCGAUGUCUGCAGUAUCGACGCAGGCUUCUUGAGAAACCAGCGAUUUUUAGAUCACAACUUGAUAGUCCAUAUGAGGCCUGUAUGGCCAUCCAAGCCUGUAAAUAGAUCACAUUAUCCUGAUUUCUGUCCUAUGCCCGAUCAUCCGUAUCGAGGUCUGCUGUAAAGUGUCCUUGGCAUCCCAAGUUUCAUGUUGUUGAAGGCUGGAGAUAGAUCUAUCCUUGGUAACACGCCAGGCACCCCUUGAGUUUAGG